AUGGAGAAGGGCGAAAGAGUCAGGGAGGACGAGGAGUUGGGAUGGAUCGAGUGGGGGCGGGAGGGGGAGGCAAGGCAAGGGCGAGCGGCCGGAGAGGCAGCCGCCACCCGCCAGCCAGCAAGCGCGGCGAAGACGACGACGCGGCCCGCAAAAGAAACAGGCGCCCCCCGCGCGUGGUGGGAUGGAGAGGGGCGCUGCCGAGCCCCGUCCCCGGCGCCCCAGCGGCGGCCUCUCCUCCGCUCCCUCCUGCCGCCCGCGCGGCGCUUCAGUCAAAACAGGCUUCUAGACAUGAAGAAGGGACAGAGUAGGAACUCUCUCAAGGCCUUCAGUUCAUCUGGUUAUUCAGGGGUCAGACUGAACAAUGGCGAUUUAGUCAACGAUAAGCUCCUAAUAGACUGUGGAGAAGAUCAAGAUUGUGUGCUCGGUGGCAUAGUUGCCCUGGGAAAGUUUGAUGCCCUUCACAUUGGGCAUCGGGAAUUGGCAAUGCAUGCUUCUAAAGCUGGGACGCCAUUUCUUCUUUCUUUUGUGGGAAUGGCUGAAGUGCUUGGCUGGACGUAUAGGCUUCCUAUAGUUGCUCAAUGUGAUCGGAAGCGAGUCCUUUCCUCUUGGGCUCCAUAUUGUAGGAAUGUGGUACCUCUUGAAUACCAAGUCAAGUUUUCAAAGGUCAGGUACCUGACUCCAAGUCAAUUUGUUGAGAGGUUAUCAAAGGAUCUUAGAAUAAAUGGUGUUGUAGCAGGUGAAAACUACAGAUUUGGCUACAAAGCAUCUGGUGAUGCAGCUGAGUUAGUGAAACUAUGUGAGGAAUUUGGUUUAAGCGCAUUCAUUGUACGGGCUGUCAUGGACACAGCAAAAAGAUCUCAUAAUGGAGUAGCAGCCACUAUAAAUUCAAGCGAUAAAGGACAGGUUUCUUCCAGUCGCGUCCGCCAUGCGUUAGCUAUGGGUGAUAUGGAAUACGUCUCUGAAUUACUAGGGAGGAAACACCGCCUUGUGGUAAUGGUUAACCAAGACUGCCUUCGUGAAAGGAACCGGAUCAUACUCCCAAAUCCUUGCAUGUUGAACAUGCCACCAGCUGAAGGUCUGUAUGAAAAUUGUGACCUUGUUAAUGGAGAGUACCUUGGACCAUGUAGGGUGAUCAUUAACUCUGACACCAUAGUCAUUGAGAUGAAAGAUGAGAACAGUUCAUCACCAAAUCCUAUUCAAGAAAUUUGGCAAUUAGGCAUUGAGUUUGGAUAAUGGUGGGAGUCCAUUUUUUGCAUUUGCCAUCUUUUGGAGAUUGCUGCCAAAAGGAGAGGACAUAAUCUCCAAAAGAUGGCAAAUUCGAGAUCAGUCCAAAGUUACCACACAUACAGCAAAGGACUGGGGAGUCGAAAGUGGCAUUUUUUGACCUGGAUUGGCAAUAAGAAUUGGCCGACUUCUGACAAAGCUGCAUCUAUUGAAAUGAAUACAUGGAAAGGGUUCGUCUUGCAACAUCACAUUUGUAGCUUAUACAUUGUUGUUUAUACAUUGAUAGGGAACAUGGUUGGUCAUUUGUCAACAUUGUAGCAUCUGUUGUUACUCGAAUUAUAAUGAGAACUUGAUUCUGACAAAACAUUUGAUAUUCUUCCA